UUGAACUUGUUCUGCUGGGCUCCAGAGGGCAAAAGGAAGAGCAGUGAGUGGUAGCUGGAGGAAAGGAGAUUGAAGCUCAAUGAAAGGAAGAACUCGCUAACACUUGCAGCUCUAUUCCACCGGGAGCUCACGAGUGGGCUCUGUCACUGGUGGAGGCUAGACGUGCGCCAUGGAUUGGGAAGAUGAGCCUUUGAGGUGUGUGAAAAUGUCCUCCAAGCCCGCAGGUUCCAAUUCGGGUUCCCCUCUUGGACGCAGGAUUUGGGUCCGUUUGAAGGAAGGAGAUGAAAAGGAACAAUAGGGAGAGAGUGGAUCUUGCCAUUCCGGUGAGUCCCGCGGGCCGACCGGGAGCCCGAAGUCCCCAGCGCUCCCCACCCCGGACCCCGUCGUGACACAUAGCGAGCGAGGAGGGGAGAGAAGGGGAGCCCCAGUCCUACCGUGCUCUGCGUGGUCCGGUCCUGCCCCAGCCCGGGGUCACCCUCUCCUCCUCCCUUACCCCCGGGUCACCAAGGGCGCCCUCCCCUCCACUUCCAUCCUCUCUCCGGUGACAGCAAUACGGGAAGGCCUCCUGGAAGAAGGCAGGGUGCCUGGCCCGGACCAUGCACUCUGGGGAGCGAGGGUCGGGGCCGGAGGUCAACGCCUCCUUUCCGGCACUCAACGAGUCCUCCUGCCAAGGGGCUGGGGCAGGGAGCGGCUGUGCCAACAGCUCCGGACCGUCCGGGCCUCCGCACCUCGUGGACGCCUGGCUGGUGCCGCUCUUCUUCGCUGCUCUCUUGGUAGUGGGGUUGGCGGGCAACUCGCUAGUGAUCUACGUGAUUUCUAAGCACAAGCAGAUGAGGACCGUCACCAACUUCUACAUCGCCAACUUGGCAGCCACAGACAUCAUCUUCCUGGUGUGUUGCGUUCCUUUCACCGCUAUGCUCUAUCCCCUUCCCAGCUGGGUCUUUGGAGAGUUCAUGUGUAAGUUUGUCAGCUACAUCCAGCAGGUGUCCGUCCAGGCCACCUGUGUCACCUUGACAGCCAUGAGUGUGGACCGCUGGUAUGUCACCGUGUUCCCCCUGCGCUCCCUCCGCUACCGCACCCUCCGGCUGGCCUUUGCUGUGAGCCUGGGCAUCUGGGUUGGGUCCUUCCUGGUGUCCAUCCCCGUGCCCAUGUACAACCGCCUCACAGAGGGAUACUGGUUUGGGCCGCAGACAUACUGCAUCGAGGUGUUCCCGUCUGUGACCCAUGAGCGAGCCUUCAUCCUGUACAACUUUCUGGCUGUCUACAUGCUGCCCCUGCUCACUCUCUGCGUCUGCUAUGCCGCCAUGCUAUACCAGAUGGGACGGCCCACUGUGGAGCCAGUGGCUGACAAUAACUACCAGGCCCAGCUGCUGGCGGAACGUUCAGAGGCCGUGAGGGCUAAGGUGUCGCGCCUGGUGGCUGCUAUCGUGCUGCUAUUUGCUGUGUGCUGGGGCCCCAUCCAGCUCUACAUCCUUCUGCAGACCUUUAGCCCUGGCUUCCAGCGUGACUUUGCGGCCUACAAGGUGAAGAUCUGGGCGCACUGCAUGUCCUACAGUAACUCCUCUCUCAACCCUGUGCUCUACGCCUUCCUGGGAGCCAACUUCCGCAAGGCUUUCCAUAAGGUCUGUCCUCUGGCUGGGCGCGUGGGCAGUGCCAGCGUCCCCAGUGCCAACCUCCAUACCGAGCUGCACUUUGUGUCCUCCGGGCCCCCAGCCUCACUCCGCCAGCCCCAGCCGGAGGGAGAGUCCCCAGCUCCAGUGGUCCAGUGAGGCCCUAUGCUCCUCUUGCCUUGCUUUCCUGCAACCAAUCAUUCCCUCACUCCAUAGUCCUUGAGCUUCUUAACCGCUUCCUGAGGCCAUUGGACAGACAGUCAAGGUUCCUGGCUUCAGAGAGCUUGCAGUCUAGUAGGUGAGACAAGAUUCACUUAAAGGAAAUCAGAACAAUAUCAUAUCAGAGCUCCUACCCAGUGCCAGGUGGAUGGUUCAGAUUCUAAAGCCUAGAACUGCAGAGCUGGGAGGAGCUUUGGAAACCGCUUCACUUACCUCUGACAUGAGGCUUAUCUUGAUUCUCCCCAGUUGUAAAUGCCUCCCCACUCUGCUCCUGUCACUUAUUUUUGUAUGUACAUGUCUGUAUUCAUAUCGUUUCCUGCCCCCUACCAAUAGAGCAUACGUUCCUUUAAGACAGAUGAUGCUGCAUGUUUUUGUCUUCGUAUCCCUAGAGCCUAAUGUAUGGUAUUAAGCACACAGUAGGCACUUAAUGCAUACUUUCUUGUGGAAUGAAUGAAUGAAUGAAUGAUAUGGAAGGGGGAAGAGGCCAGAGAGAGGAGGGAACUUGUCCAUGGGUACACACAGAGUUGAUGAUGUCUCCAGGACAAGAACCCAAGUCUCCGGGCUCCCAUUCUAGGGUUCUAGAUGUUCAUCCAGUGGUGGAAUCAACCCUCUUCUACCUCCCCUCAAAAAGAAAUCAAAAUCUUGUCUAAGGAAACAGGAACUGCAGUUUCAUAAAUUGACACUAGGCGGCGCUGUUCACCCACUGAAAAUCUUCCAGCGUCCAGGACAAGCACAGUCCCAAGAAAUAUGGAGAGAUGCCAGACCCUAGUUCCCCCAAUGCACAGGUCGCUCCUAGGGUAUGCAGAGGAGCUUGGGUUCCCAGUAGUUUCUGCCUGCGGGUUCUCGCUACAGCCGGACAGCAGGUAAGGGGAACACAUGGCAAAUUCCUUUUCCAUCUGCAUUAGACAGUUCCCUUGGUUCAAAGCCCUUCUGAGGGCCAGGA